AUGAAUGUUCGCCGAGCCAACAUCACCGAUUUGUUUUUAAUGCAAAAUUGCAACCUGAGUUGCCUUCCCGAAAAUUACCAAAUGAAAUAUUACUUGUAUCAUGCUCUUUCAUGGCCUCAAUGUGAGUUUAUUGCAGAGGAUCGUCCAGGUCAUUUGGUCGGAUAUGUUCUUUCUAAAAUGGAAGAAGAAUAUGAUGAACAAACAGAUUAUCCUCAUGGACAUAUUACUAGUCUUUCCGUGCUCCGAUCGCAUAGAAAGCUUGGUAUGGCUAAACGCUUGAUGAAUCUUGCUCAGUCAUCCAUGCAAGAGAGUUUUGAUGCUGCCUAUGCAAGUCUACACGUACGAAAGAGUAACAGUGCAGCCAUAUCGCUAUAUCACAAUACUCUAGGAUUUGAAGAACACGAUAUUGAGAAGGAAUAUUAUGCAGAUAAAGAGGAUGCUUUGGAUAUGAGGAAAAAGUUUAGGCCCGAUGUUGAUUUCAACAAGAAAAAACAAGUCCCGAAGAAAAAGAAAAAGUAG